AUGGUCUCCUUCGUGGUAGCGGGAGAGCGUGUGGCGGUGCUGGGGCUGCUAGAGACUUCGGGGGACGCGGUGAGAUUCUACCCAGCCACCAGCAGCGACGCCAUGAUCCGCAGGAGCAGCGGUCCGCUAGCUCCGGCCGUCUCCCUCAACUCAUUCGUCCUGGGUUUCCUUAUCGGCUGCGUCCUGUUCUACGCCCUGCGCUGCACGGGCUCCGUGGACGAUGUCUGCAUCGACUGCAAGCCCCGGCGAGUCCCGCUCCCCUACCCCCCAUCAUCCCCUGUCUUUGAGGACUGCGACUAUCGCUCGUUUCACUAA